CCUAGUGGUGGGUAAGUAACAGAGAAAGAGGGUCCCCUAUGGUGAGGGUGGUUGGGGUCUUAUUUUGCAAUACCACCUCAGAUUAGUACCAAUAUGUUGGUCUCAUACUUGUCCUCUUCAUUCAUGGCAAGCUUACAAAAAUAUGUACAACAACAAAAAUAACUCCGCUGACCACCACAAGUUAUUUUCUUCAAUGACUAGUCCUAGAAUCUCCUUCUCUAAUGACUUCAUCGAUUUAUCUCAACAACAACAUCAUCAACAUAUUAUGAAGAAUGAUACAACGUCCUACUACAGAGAUGCUCCUGUUUCCUCUGACUUUGAAUUCUCCGUCGCUAAUCAUUCUAUGAUUACUGGUGCUGACGAGCUUUUCUCUAAGGGUAGGCUUUUGCCUUUCAAAGAGAAGAAGACGACUACUACUACUACUACUACUUCUACUUCUACUACUACUCUAAGAGAUGAGCUCCUUAAUAAUGACGAAGAUGAUUUUACUUUGAGGAUACCCAAAAGUAGUAGUAGUUCUACUAGGUGGAAAGGUCUACUUGGCCUGAAAAAAUCUCAUAUUGGGUCCAAGAAAAAUGAAGAGAAGAGGUCUGACGAGCUAGUUCACAACAAUUCCCGGGAAGCAUACAAUGGUUCUGGUACUGGAUCCAGUUGUAGAGACAUGGAGUUUCGUUUUAAUUGAUAUUGUCUGCAGUGGACAUAACAAAGAUUUUAACAAGGUAUUUGGGAUGAAAAGGCUUCUGUUUUUUUUGGGAGAAUCAUACAGAUUCUGAUUUAUAUUAAUUACAAGCCUUGGAUUCGUUUGUCCUAUGGUGUUCUUUCGUUUCAAUCAACUGUUAAAUAUGUACUGGUAGUAGAAUUUGGGGGGUUUUAGAAAAUUGGCAAAUGAGAUUGUUGAAUCAUAAUUUUCAUCUCAAAAUUUCCAGAUGAAAUGACAGCUAUAGUGCAUUGCGGCUCUAUAAAUGAUUGAUGAUUGAGAAGGCGACCCCCAGGCCACUGCCCCUUUUCCAUCGCA